GCCGGUGAACAGCUGCAGCAGACACAGCAGCAAUGUCCUGCUGAAUGGAGGAGGAACUUGCAGACGCUCUUGUUGGGUUAAAGAGAAGGUUUCCGCUCUCAGCUUUCACUCCUCUUUUUUCUCCUUGUGCAAACAAGUCUAUUUCAGGUCUGGAGACUCGUACAUGGAGAUGGCAGCAGCCUCGACCGAUGCAGAGCAGGGGUCCACAAAGAUCACCCCUGAAGCGCUUCAGGAGAUGCUCCAGUACUACAACCUGAGCCGCCAGGAGUUCAUCAACACAUACAACAUCAAGCCGCUCGUCUACAUCCCCGAGUUACCGUACAGCGCCAAGACCACCUUUGUGAUCAUGUACAUGCUGAUCUUCGUCCUGGCUCUGGCUGGGAAUAGUUUGGUCAUCUACAUAGUUCUGAAGAAGCGCGCCACGCAGACGGCGACUGAUAUUUUCAUCUGCUCUCUGGCUGUCAGUGACCUGCUCAUCACUUUCUUCUGCAUCCCCUUCACUCUGCUGCAGAACAUCUCGUCGGAAUGGUUUGGGGGAGUUCUAGUUUGCAAGACAGUUCCCUUUGUUCAGACCACAGCCAUAGUGACGGGCAUCCUCACCAUGACAUGCAUCGCCAUUGAGAGAUACCAGGGCAUUGUGUUCCCGCUGAAAAUGAGGAGGCAGUACUCGUCCAAAAGAGCGUACAAGAUACUAGGGCUGGUGUGGCUCACCUCAGUGAUGGUGGGCUCACCCAUGCUAUUUGUACAACAGCUCCAGGUGAAGUACGACUUCUUGUACGACCACUACCACAUUUGCUGCCAGGAGAGUUGGAGUUCUGUUACUCACAGGCAGGUGUACACGACCUUCAUCAUGGUGGCUCUGUUCCUGUUGCCUUUGGCCGCCAUGCUGUUCCUCUACACACGCAUCGGGAUUGAGUUGUGGAUCCGCAAGAGGGUGGGCGACUCAUCAGUCCUGGACACAAUGAACCACAGGGAGAUCAAUAAGAUCUCAAGGAAAAAGAAAAGAGCUGUGAAAAUGAUGGUCACAAUCGUUCUGCUGUUCACCAUUUGCUGGGCACCUUUCCACACAGUCCACAUGCUGUUUGAGUACUACGACCUGGAGAAGAAAUACGACGGGGUGACACUCAACAUGAUCGUCGCCAUCUUUCAGGCCAUCGGCUUCUCCAACAGCUUCAACAACCCGAUCGUGUACGCCUUCAUGAACGAGAACUUCAAGAAGAACUGCGUCUCCACUCUCUCUCACUGGAUCAGAAAACCCAACCAUCCAGGCGGCCCGGCAGUUGGGCCCAAACUAAACAUGCAGUUCAUUAAACCACAAGGCAGAGAAGCCUUCCUUGAAUCAGACGAAGGCAACAGCUCGAACCAGAACUCUGCAGAUAAAGGCCAAUCGAAUUCAAUGCCAAGAGAGAGCACUCUGGAAAUAAUAGGAGAGAAAAUCUCCACUAUCCAAACAGAGCUGCCUGCAAACAGCUCCUCUCAAGUGAAAUGAGAAAACACAGACCAUCAGUUCCAGUGUUGAAUGAACCACCUGCACAAGUAUCAGAUGCAAAUUCAAAACCAGCAGAUGUGUUUUAAGACUGAAAAAUACAGAUUAUUGCAUCUCUGCAGUGCCAGGAGUUAGUGUUUUCUCCCAUUCUGGUCAGAGAAGUAAAUGGAGGAAUUUUGAAGAGAGGGCGUUUGACUCUGCUGUCAUACAGUGGCAGACCAAUUUGUCAGAAUGGUGGGAUAAUUGCUACCGGGAUGUCUAGGAAAACUACAUUUAGUAAUGCAUCAAAGAAAGUGUGAUUAACAUCUAAGCGAGAACUUAGUACUGUUUCAUAACUGAACCAUUUUGAAAAGAGCACAUGGACAAGUCUUCGUUUAACAGUAAAGGAUGACAUAUGUGCUUUUACUGCACUGCUUAAUAUGGAUUACUGAAGUAAGCUAUUCAACAUGAACCUCAGUACAAUUCAGGUUACUUCAGUUUUUAAACAGGUUGUAUCAUGUCAUACAGUUUAGAUUUUUACUGCUUAAUUGGAAAGGGCAUCCCUGCAAACUUCACCCUUGCACAUGUUUUGAUAUGUAAAGGGCGACAGAGACGACUGCAUGCCUUAAGGUUUAAAAACAGGGUUAAAUAUGCAUGGAAAUCACGUGAACCGAAAUGGAUUGUUUCAAAGAAUGUCGUCCACUAUUUCAACUGUAAAGUGAAAAAGUUCAAAUAUAU